GCUGCCCCAGCCUAUAAAGGCGCGGGGUUUUCUCAAUGAAGCCGGGACGCACUGCGGGGUCGGGCCCAGCCGGGCACCCGGGAGUCAGGAGUCAUCUUGCCAACCGCGGUCCCCGCCGCCCCUCCGCGCCGAGAUGAAGUACAUCGUGGGCAUCGGAGGCAUGACCAACGGCGGCAAGACUACCCUGACCAACAACCUCCUCAAGGCGCUGCCCAACUGCUGCGUGAUCCACCAGGAUGACUUCUUCAAGCCCCAAGACCAAAUAGCAGUUGGGGAGGACGGCUUCAAACAGUGGGACGUGCUGGAGUCCCUGGACAUGGAGGCCAUGCUGAGCACCGUGCAGGCCUGGGUGAGCAGCCCCCGGAAGUUUGCCCGUGCCCACGGGGUCAGUGUCCGACUGGAUGCCUCAGACACCCACAUCCUCAUUCUGGAAGGCUUCCUGCUCUAUAGCUACAAGAACACGCCUGGAGGCUCUGGGGUUGUGUGCUUUGGCCCACGGGCGCUGACCAUGUCCUCCACCCCUGCCAGGCCCCUGGUGGACUUGUACAGCCGAAGGUACUUCCUGACCGUCCCCUAUGAAGAGUGCAAGUGGAGGAGAAGUAGGCGAAGCUACGCGGUCCCUGAUCCCCCUGGCCUCUUCGACGGCCACGUGUGGCCUAUGUACCAGAAGUAUAAGCGGGAGAUGGAGGCCAACGGUGUGGAAGUGGUGUACCUGGACGGCAUGAAGUCCCGCGAGGAGCUCUUCCACCAGGUCCUGGAAGACAUUCAGAACUCACUCCUGAACCGCUCCUAGCAAGGCCCAAGAGGAGGGGCCCAGCCCCCACUGCAGGGACCCACACACAGCUCCGGCCACAGCGCGGCCAGCCGGUGGCACUGCAGCCGGGCACUGCGUGACCAUUCCCGUCGGAGAAGUCUUGUACAGAUGAGAGUGGACGCCCCGCUCAUAGCCCAGCAGCUUGGGGCCCACGAUGCAUCAUCCAUAACCUCAACGGCGGCUUACUUAUUAAACCUGAUCCUGUUUUUUA